AUGACGAUUGAAGACUUUCGUGCGGACAAAGAGGUGGCGAAGGUUGAGGACGCGGAGGAGGACAAAGGGCAACUAGUGAAGGUCAAAAGCGAGCCACACUCGGAAGAUGAAGUUCCUGAACAGACUGCCAAAGCGGAGGCAGAAGUUGAAUCCACGGCGAUGCCGGAGGUGAAGGUGAAGUCCGAGCCGAUGGACUUUGAGGAGGAGGACGUGGCGCCGCCACUGGUGCAGGCGACGGUGGACACGACGACGAGCGAGCUGAAGAGCUCGAUCGACGGCAACGUCGUGUUGAGCGACGCGGCGACGCACGUGGCACCGCCGGCGGCCAAGAUCAAAAUCACGAUCACGACGCCGGCGCCAGCGCCGCCGGUGAAGCAGCCCGAGGAGGCGGCGCCGGAGGCCGAGACGCCCGAGGCCGAAGAGGACGAGGCGCCGAUGGCGCCGCCGCGCGACCUCGAGUUGGAACUGAAGCCGCGGCUGCGCGGGCGCAAACUGACUGAAAUGCCGCCGGUGCUGAAAGGGCGCGAGGACUCGGCGCUGUGUUCAAUCAUGUGAUUUUGCCGUCGGAAUUUUCCCGACUUCGGGACGGCGUCCGUUGUUGCGACGCCGGCCGCCGGUUAAUUUGCUUUUUCGCCGUCGCCGCCGCCGCACAGACCGAAAUAAAGUUGUUGGACAAAAACACAAUGCGCGCCUUUCUCCUCUUUCGCACCUCCCUUCAUUCAAUUCGAUAAAAAAAUAUUAAUUCUUCGCCUCGCAAAUUUCUCUCUUUCAGCUUGCAUCUCGCCAGUUCUUUCUGUGUGUAUAUAAUAAAUAUCUUUAACCUGAGUUCAAUUAAGUUUGACCAUUAGUAUUUAAGGAAAA